CAGUCAAAUUUGGACCGCGAUUCCGAGCGGUUGGGCGUUUCUCUGCUAGAACUUCGUACUCUUACCAGUGACUGUGUGUGUGCGUGCGUUGCGGGCAUAUAUAUGUGUGUGGUGUGGAAACAACAAUUUGUUAACGCAUACACUCACUAAAAAACACCAACUUCAGGUUCAGCCAACGGAGAGCAAAAACAAAAUAAAAAUCGCAAAGUGCCAUCGCAAAACAAACAUAAACUCCAAAACGUGCUAAGAAUCGAAAAAAAAUUAACGAGUUUUCGGCGAAAGUUGAGUGUGUCCGAAGAGUUUUAAGUGUAUCUGAGUCUUUUAAUGUGCCACCCGCAAGAUGACAUCGCAUUCCUACUAUAAAGACCGUUUGGGCUUUGAUCCCAAUGAGCAGCAGCCCGGAAGCAGCAGCUCGAUGAAGCGAAGCAGCUCGCGACAGACGACGCACCACCACCAGAGCUACCACCAUGCCACCACCAGUAGCGGUCAGUCGCCGGCAAGAGUUUCCGUUUCUCCGGGUGGUGCUGGAGUGGGACCAUCUGGCAAAAAUGGAUCUCUGGAGUACCAGCAGGUUCAGCGGGAGCAGCGAGAUCGGGACGUGUACAGCAAUAAUACCAGUCAUCAACACCAUCAACAGCACCACCAUCGCCACUCGGCGGGCAGUGGAUCCUCGCCGCUCUAUGAGACCAGCAGUCCAGCUGCACCCAAAAAGGCCAAGCAGUCAUCCACCCAGGCACAGCCUCAAGGUGGCUACGAGGAUGCCCUUACCCAGUUCAAAGGUACCAUGUCCAUUUGGGAUCAUUUUAUAGAAGAUUGGGAUAUAAUGCACGAACGCGAUGCCAUUCAAAAGAAGACUUUCACAAAAUGGGUUAACAAACAUCUAAAAAAGCAUUGGAAGUAUGCUAAGACCUAUACUAUGCUUCAUGUUUGUGUAACCACAAAUGGCAUACCCUGUUGUUCUCAGUCUGCGAAUCGUCGUGUGGUGGACUUGUUCGAAGAUCUGCGCGAUGGUCACAAUUUACUUUCACUCCUGGAGGUGCUAUCUGGCGAACACCUGCCACGCGAGAAGGGUAAAAUGCGUUUCCAUAUGCUGCAGAAUGCACAAAUGGCUCUCGACUUUCUGCGUUACAAGAAAAUCAAAUUGGUCAACAUACGCGCGGAAGAUAUUGUGGAUGGCAAUCCCAAGCUGACCCUGGGCCUGAUCUGGACCAUUAUAUUGCACUUCCAGAUCUCCGAUAUUGUUGUGGGCAAGGAGGACAACGUAUCCGCUCGGGAGGCACUGCUGCGCUGGGCGCGUCGUUCGACUGCGCGGUAUCCGGGCGUGCGUGUCAACGACUUCACGUCCUCGUGGCGGGAUGGAUUGGCCUUUUCGGCGUUGGUGCACCGCAACCGACCGGACUUGCUUGACUGGCGAAAGGCAAGGAACGAUCGGCCGCGCGAGCGCCUUGAGACGGCCUUCCACAUUGUGGAGAAGGAGUACGGAGUGACGCGACUGCUGGAUCCCGAGGAUGUCGACACCAACGAGCCGGAUGAAAAGUCCCUAAUCACGUACAUCUCAUCGCUGUACGAUGUUUUCCCGGAGCCACCCUCUAUUCAUCCACUAUUCGACAUGGAGUCACAACGUCGCGUCCAUGAAUACCGCGACCUGGCACAGCAGUUCAUCUACUGGUGCCGCGAGAAGACUGCCUAUCUGCAGGAGCGCUCCUUCCCGCCCACCCUCAUAGAGAUGAAGCGUCUACUAAGCGAUUUGCAACGGUUUCGCACCGAGGAGGUGAGCGCCCGCAAGCGCGAGAAAUCCAAACUUAUCCAGAUCUACAAGGAGCUUGAGCGCUAUUUCGAAACGGUGGGUGAAGUGGAUGUGGAGGCCGAACUGCGGCCGGAUGCCAUUGAAAAGGCCUGGUAUCGCAUGAACACGGCGCUCCAGGAUCGAGAGGUCAUUCUGCAGCAGGAGAUCGAACGGUUGGAACGGCUACAGCGACUGGCCGACAAGGUGCAGCGCGAGAUCAAGCAUGUGGAUCAGAAGCUGACCGAUCUAGAGACGCGCAUAAGCGAAGAGGGGCGGCGUAUCGAUCGACUGCAUCCUGUGGACGCCAAGAGCAUCGUCGAGGCACUCGAAACCGAGAUCCGGCACCUGGAGGAGCCCAUCCAAGACAUGAACCAGGACUGCCACGUUCUCAACGAGGGACGAUAUCCCCAUGUUAGCGAGCUGCACAAGAAGGUCAACAAACUGCACCAGCGCUGGGCUCAACUGCGCACCAAUUUCCACACAAACCUGGUACAGAAGCUGUCCGGUUUGAAGUAUCCCGUCCACGAGACCACGGUGACGCGUCAAACGCGCAUGGUGGUCGAGUCCCGUCAGAUCGACACGAAUCCCCAUUUCCGUGAUCUGCAAGAGCACAUUGAAUGGUGCCAGAACAAGUUGAAACAAUUGCUUGCCGCUGACUAUGGCAGUGACCUGCCAUCAGUCAAGGAAGAACUGGAUCGUCAACAGCACGAGCACAAAAUUAUCGACCAGUUCCACACAAAAAUACUCAAUGAUGAACGCCAGCAGACCAAGUUCUCCGGCGACGAGCUGGCCCUCUACCAACAGCGUCUCAACCAGCUGCAAAAGGUUUACGCUGAGCUACUCAGCACCUCAACGAAACGUCUCUCCGAUCUGGAUUCACUGCAGCACUUCCUGGGACAGGCGUCGGCGGAACUGCAGUGGCUAAAUGAGAAGGAACAGGUGGAAAUCACACGUGACUGGGCGGACAAACAACUCGAUCUUCCCUCCGUGCACAGAUACUACGAGCGUGCAUUUGGUAAUGGCGACGAGAACCUUAUGUCCGAACUGGAGAAGCGUGAGAUGCACUUUGCCACCAUACUGGAUCGCGGAGAGGCCUUGUUAAACCAACAGCAUCCGGCCUCCAAGUGCAUCGAAGCCCAUCUGACCGCUCUGCAACAACAGUGGGCUUGGCUGCUGCAGCUUACUCUCUGCCUAGAGGUUCACUUAAAACACGCAACCGAGUACCAUCAGUUCUUUGGCGAGAUCAAGGAUGCAGAGCAGUGGUUGGCUAAGCGCGACGAAAUACUCAAUAGCAAGUUUUCGCAAUCAGACUUUGGCUUGGAUCAGGGUGAAACUCUGUUGAGGGGAAUGCAGGAUUUGCGCGAGGAGCUAAAUGCCUUCGGCGAAACAGUGGCCACACUGCAGAGAAGGGCUCAGACGGUGGUGCCUCUAAACAAGCGCCGCCAGCCGGUAAAUCGUCAGGGACCCGUUCAGGCCAUCUGUGCCUACAAACAGCAGGGUCAGCUGCAGAUCGAAAAGGGUGAGACGGUUACCCUGCUGGACAACUCGGGACGUGUCAAAUGGCGCGUGCGCACGGCCAAGGGCCAGGAGGGUCCAAUCCCCGGUGCCUGCCUGCUGCUGCCGCCUCCAGACCAGGAGGCCAUUGAUGCCGCCGAACGUCUGAAGCGACUUUUCGAUCGGUCCGUGGCUCUCUGGCAGAAAAAACAUCUUCGCCUGCGCCAAAACAUGAUCUUCGCCACCAUUCGCGUGGUUAAGGGCUGGGACUUUGACCAGUUCCUGGCCAUGGGACCCGAGCAGCGUACGGCCAUUCGACGUGCCCUCAACGACGAUGCCGACAAAUUACUAAGCGAGGGCGAUCCCAACGAUCCGCAGCUGCGACGCCUGCGCCGCGAAAUGGACGAGGUCAAUCGCUUGUUUGAUGAGUUCGAGAAGCGAGCUCGCGCUGAAGAGGAAAGCAAGCAGGCAAGUCGCAUUUUCACCGAGGAAUGCAUUGCCAUUAAGGGCAAACUAGAAGACAUGGCCCGUGAGCUGGAUCAGAUUAUACUGGCUCCGUUACCACGGGAUCUGGACUCUCUGGAGCAUGUGCUCGAGAUUCAUGCGGAUUACGAGCGCAGGCUGCAACUUUUGGAGCCGGAAUUGAAGCAUCUGCAAGAGACCUUCCGCACGAUUGCCCUGAAGACACCUGUGCUAAAAAAGAGUCUGGACAACCUGUUGGAGCUGUGGAAAGAGCUUAACACCCAGAGCGGCCUGCACAAGGAUCGCCUGAAGCUGCUCGAAGCCUCGCUGGCUGGCCUGGAGGACAAUGAGCAUGUGAUUUCCGAGCUGGAGAACGAGCUGGCCAGGCACCAGGAUCUGCCAUCGACUGCUGAUGGCCUGCAGCAGGUGUUCAAGAAGCUGAACCACAUGCAGGAUAUCAUCACACAGCAGCAGCCGCAGAUGGACAAAAUGAACGAUGCUGCUGAUCAGCUGGGACGCAUGGGUGUGCCCACCAAGGUGUUGGGUGACCUCAAGCGCCUGCACUCGAACGUGGAGCGCCUGAAUACGCGCUGGAGUGCGGUGUGCAACCAACUGGGCGAAAGAAUGCGCUCAUGUGAAACGGCUAUCGGACUACUAAAGAAUCUCCAGUCGAGCGUGCAAGUGGAGGAGUCAUGGGUGGAUGGCACCACGGAACGACUGUCUGCUAUGCCCACCGCCACUUCGGCGUACGAACUAGACAAACUGCUCGGAGCUGCAAUCGAACGAAAACCAAAAAUCGAAAAUGUCAACGUAACUGGAGGACGACUAAUACGCGAAGCCAAGAUCUACGAUAGUAAAUGUCUACGCUUCGUGGACUGGGUGCUCGAAGCCCGUCCGUCGUUUUCGCCGCCUCGCCGGGAUCUCCGGCCGCCGGACAGCGAUCCGGGUACAACACAGGUUUACAGCCAACGACUGGACAACCUUAAUACGAAAUACGACAGAUUGCUGGAACAACUGUCACAGAGGCUAAAAACUGCAAUCGAAGUCAAUGGCAGCGAUGGUCUGCAAUACGCUGAGAGUCUACAGAAACCGCUCAAGACCUUUAGGGUUGACUUCAGUGCGGGCAGUGUGCCAACUGGCGAUGGCUACACUGCGCGCCAAGAGGAUCUCUACACCACUACCUACAGCACCACACAAUUCAGCUCAACGAAGACAACGAAAAGCUCUACAAAGAGCGUCUACAAUAGCGAUGACUUGGAUACCGCUAGUCUGGAGGGUAGCACCAUUAAAGUGCCCCAGUCGCAGAUCCAAUUCAACGAAAUCCGCACGCUCAAGCGAUCCCAACAGCUGGGCGGCCAAUCUGUGCUGGAUAUAGCCGGAAUUCGUGACCCACGUACGGGUCGCGUUUUGACCAUCGGCGAGGCCAUUCAGUUACGCAUCCUGGACGUGCGUACUGGCGAGAUGUUAGUGGGUGACCGUCGCAUCACACUGGAUCAGGCGGCCGACCAAAGUCUGAUUGAUGCUCAGCUGACCAGGCAACUGCUUCAGCCCGGUGCCGGGCGAGAUGAGAGCGGGCGGGAGCUGUCGCUGCUGGAGGUUAUUCAGCGUGUGAUUAGCGAAGCGGAAUCCGGUUACGAGACGGCCGAAAAGCGGAUCAAGGUAAACAAUACGAUAUCCGUAGAACAAAGUUCUGGAGAACUCAGUUCUCCCGAGAACCCGCGAAACAUUGCCGACGCCAUUACUGCGGGGAGUGUGGACACCAAGACUGGCCUAUAUCGUGUCAAAUCGGGCCAGACGAUCAGCCUGGCGGAGGCCUACGAGCGGGGCUACCUUAUUCGGCACGAGUCGGUGACAAUCAAAUCGAAUGCGCUGUGCCUUAGCGAUGCGAUUGCGCAUGGCCUGGUCGAUAGUGCCGGCUGGAUAGCGGAUCGUAACUCCGGCGACAAGUUCCGGCUGGACUCCGCCAUUGCCAAUCAGCUAAUUGACGCGAAUGUGCGUGAAGUGGUGGACGCGAAACGCGAUACGAAGAUCACACUGCAGGAGGCACUGCAGUCGGGCGUCCUAAAUGCCAAAACGGGUCGGUACCUGAACGAGGUGACCAAGGAAAAGCUCACUUUCGCGGAGGCGCGCAACCGUCAGUUAAUCGUUAAACCGUACACGCUGAAGGAUAUCUGCGACCUGAACCUGCUCGACAAGCAGGCACAGAUCACGAGUCCAAUGCGACGCGAGAAACUUACCAUCAUGCAGGCCAUGGAAGCCGGUGUGCUGGACGGGAAUCUGCUCAAGUGCAUCACCAAGCGAAAGGGUGAAUUGGUCACUCUUCAAGAGGCCAUUGCCGACGGUAUCGUACUGCCGGCGGAGUGCAAGUACCGCGAUUUUAUGACCGGCGAACUAAUUAACAUUCCGGAGGCGGUAGAACGCGGUCUGAUCAGCUCGGUCACUCAGCGUUCUAUCUUCGACAUUGACGGGUUCAAGGAUCUGAGAAGCAAUGACUAUGUAAGCUUUAAUGUGGCCCUUUCACGUGACCUUUUGCGUCGCAAAAGCACGGGCUUUGCCUUAGAGACAGGUAGGGAUAGUCUGGUGCCACUGGAGGUGGCCGUAAGUGAGGGUUUGGUGCGCCAAGAGGUGUACGAGAUGUUCAGCCGUGGUAUCGGGGUUCACAAUGCCAGUGGCAAUGAACUUAGUGUCUUUGAUUUGGUCUAUCACAAUCUGAUUGACCCUAAGACGGGAUACCUCUUGGAUCCCAAGACUCAAGAGACAGUACCCCUGGAUACCGCCAUCGAGCGAAAGUUUAUUACUCCGGAGGGUGCUCUUCUCCUGAGUAGUUUGCUUAACAUUACUUUAACCACAGAGACGGUGACGAGGACGAUCAAUCGAUAUGUGACAAUCAGGGCCGGUUCCCAGGAGCCAGGCAACAGUGUGCUGCUCACCUUUACGGAGGCAGUGCGUCAAGGUUUCAUCGACGAGGAAAGGCAGCUUUUCAAGGAUCCAAAAACAGGCAAUAUUUACUCAGUACAGCAGGCUCUUAACUACGGUUUGUUAGUUCCCGACAGCAACCAAACUGUGCCGGAGCCAACGAAUAGGAAGAAGACAAAGUCCACGAUCACCAUUGUGACGAAGCAGAUCAUACCAGAAGCAGAGCCCAUUAAGCUUAAUACUCAGCACACUAAGUACGUAGAGAAAUCGGUGGAGAUUCCCAUUUCCCAAGAACUAGUUAAACCCCAGCGUGUGGUCUCCGACUUUAUAAACAUGGAAAAGAGCAGGUAUAUCGAACAGAAUGUGACGGAGCGUCAAAUCAUGGAACUACCUCCAGGAGGUUGGCGAUUAAAGGACGCCAUCGAGCAGCGGCUGUUUAACCCGGAUACGGGAGUGUUCCAUGUGCAAGGCUCGGAUCGUUUAGUCAACUUUGAGGAAUGCAUCAACAAACAGAUCAUCAACAACCUUUCGGUUUCAGUAAUUGAUCCCAGCUCCGGAGAUAAGAUCUCAGUGCAGUCAGCCUUCGAACGUAAUAUUAUAGACAGUUAUGGAAACUAUACCAAUAGCAGAAAACAAGUGCAGGGCAUGCGCAAUGCUAUUGACGAGAGCAAGAUUAUCCUGGAGACGGUGCCGGCUACGAGAGGUUCCAGUCAAAAGACAAUUCUUCGCAUCACUAGGGUAAACAACAUGCCGGAUGUGUUGGAGGUUUCUACACCUCUAAAGGAUGCCCCACCCAAGUUUCUAGAGGUACUUACCUGCCAGCGAGAGCUCGCCUCUCCAGAGCCACUGCAAAUUGCCCCCGGCGCCAUUUACGAUCCGUCCACAGCUCUGGUUAUCUUCACACAAACCGGAGAGACUGAGAACAUUUUUGAUGCCGCUCGCCAGGGUCUGAUAGACGAACAGUUAAUCAAGAUCGUGGAUCCCACAACUAAGAAAUCCAUUUCCAUAACUGAGGCGAUAGCGCGUUCUAUUUACGAUCCCAAAACCGCUACAAUUCUCGAUUCCGAGGGUCAGCCUGUUGACCUAAUCACAGCCACCAAACUGGGUCUACUUAGUGUAGUGGGUGCCCCAUUGGUUGCCGCCGAAGGAGCCCUGAGAACAGUGCGCUUCGUGACCGAUCCACGGACCGGUGAACAAAUCCCAGUGGAAGUGGCCUACGAGCGAGGAAUUGUAUCACGCGAUCAGCUGCAACGCGGACACUCCUUUGACAGUGAACCAAUAACGGUCGAGGAAAAGGUGGUGGUGCUGCAGAGGAUGCGCAAGAUCAUUCUCAAGCCGAAGGAUGCCGUGCGCAAAAGAAUCAUUGAUGAAGAUACCUGUGAGAUUCUCGAAAACACUGAAAAUUUUACCAAUAACGGCGAGGUGGUCAAUAUCAGCGAGGCCCUAAACAUAGGUCUUAUUGAUGGACGUCGUGGUCAUAUCAUUGACCCCCAAAGCAAUCAAGUGCUGAAUUUCGAGCAAGCUGUCAAACAGAAUAUUCUCGAUCCUGAACAGACCAACCAUAUUCUCAUGCCACUGGCCAAGAGCUUAUCUGUGCCACGGCUGGCAGCUCAAGGAUUAAUUGAUCCGCAAGGCCAGACUAUUAUUCAUCCAGAGAGUGGAUAUCCUUUGAGCAUCCAUGAGGCAAUCGUAUGCGAGGUUUUAGAUCCGCAUUCGAAACUGCAUAGGCCAGAGAAGUGUACGCUAGAAGAGGCGAUCACAAAGGGUAUCGUCAACGCUGAUGAUUCCACAUUUAGCUACAAGAAUAAGAUCAUUAACAUCACCGAAGCCAUAGAGGCAAAUCUAUUCGAUCCAACUUACGAUCAGAAAAAGUCUAAGGUAGAAAUUCCGCCGGUGGGCAUGAUAUUUCCAGUAGCUGUCGAGAAGAGCCUUGUGGAGCCGUCAAAGCGUGUAAUCCUGCAUCCAAGUUCGCAAAAAGCACUGCCCAUUAAGCAAGCUAUCGAUGAGAACUUUAUCAUGUCCAUUCCCUAUUCACCCAAGCCAGAUGCUAUAGACGUAGUAACUGCAAUGGAGCGAGAUCUCAUCGAUGUGGCUGCCCAAACUAUAACGGUCCCAAACACAGGGGAACGUGUGCCCCUGCGGCAAGCCAUGGAGAUGGGUGUUCUGGUGGUUAAGAAUCUCGCCGAAUUUGUUGUGACCCAGCGACCUACCCCCAACACAGAGAUCAUGGAGACACUCCGUGCCGUUCACACGGUGACCACCAAGACUAUUGAACUUAUGCAAGGCUAUGUUCUAAUCUCUAAUAACGAGGUUCAGAACGUUAGCACCGGCGAAGUAUGCAGCUUGGAAGAGGCUAAAGAACUGGGAAUCCUUCGAGAAGAAUCCACAACUCGAGAGACCAAGGCGGCGGCGGGAGAUAGUCCAGAAUCGAUUGCCACUCUGGCUAGUGAUCAAACUUUGGUAGUGGAGGAGCGCACACAGACUGUGGUGGUCAGUUCGGACACCCGCAAGCAAGAGAUGCAAGUAGUCAGUACCACACAAUCUACGAAGGAAAUACCCAUUGCAAAUUUAAAUGAAGCCGAAAUAAAGGGCAGCAAAGAGCCUUCAAAGGCGUUGCAGAAUGUAAAAGAUGCCGCUAAAUUGGGGGCACUAGGAGUAAUAGGAGCUCCUGUACUGGCCGGAAGUGCUAUUGUGAGUGGCGUCAAAAGUCUCAUUAAGUCUGUAAAAAGCUCCUCGGAAGAUGCCAAGAUCACUGUACAACCAGGACAACCUCAAAUAAGCUCCAUUAACCAGGAGAGUCCAAAUGUGCCACAGCCGAAACAAGUGCCAAGAGAUGUUGAUAAUCUCUUUAACAAAACGGAAAACUUUAUAAGCUCAACAACUGCCAACUUUAUAGCCAACGAAAAUCAGCAGCAGGAGCCCAAACAGCUGUCACGAGAGGAAGUGCAAGCUUCUGUAGAUGAAUCAACAAGGCCUUUGCACACUUCAACAGUCACAACAAUAACUACCUCAAAGACGGUAACAGAGUCUGGUAAUAUAGAGCCAGUUGUGAUGGAGGUCAUCACGACCAGCACCACUGAUGAGAAAAAUCCAGUUUUUGAACAAGUCACUGAGAAGUCCAAUAACGUGUCAGAAGAUAAAACAGAAGAUUUCAAAGAAACAGAGACUAUUAACACAGAUUCAUCUAAGGAGAUUGAUUCUAUGCUUGAAAGGAAGGAACUAACUUCUGAAGAGCCAGCUAAGAACGAGUCGUCGUCACAAGACAGUAACAUUGAGACCAUCCCCAUACCCGCUGAAAAAGAAGCAACUUUCAAGCCAGUUGAAAAGGACUCGACGGCGGCUAAGGAAGAGAAAAAUUCGGAGCCAUCACAGAGCGCACAACCAACCACUCAAAAGGAAGCCACCACACAUUUUGAACCCACUACAAAACCAGAACCGACACCAAGAGCCGGUAAGGAAAAACAUAUUCUAGAAAUCGAACCUCCCUUUACAGCACCAUUGGCUCCUUUUGUGAAUCCAGUAUCCGAGACCACGAGCACAAACAUUAUAACUGAAAUUGAGAAACCUAUUUCAAAUUCGCAAUCUAUUACAACCAUUACAACUUUAAAAACAAUAGAAGAACCACCAUCGAUCGAGGAAGUGACUGUGAUUAGCAAAUCUGAGCCUGAGAAGAUUAUUAAUGCGCAAGUUACGGAAUCUAACGUUCAAGAACCUACUGAAGUGAAUAAACCAAGUGAGAACACUGAUGAUUCUCGUAAGCAAAGCAGUACAAUAUCACUGAAUGAAAUGGUUGAUACUGCCGAAGAGCCCACUAUAACUGUAUCUACAGUCACAACAACUACUAUCACCACAACAACAACAACCAGUGAGGAAUGCCAGCCACAGAAGAUUAUAGUCACAGAACAGGAAACGCUGGCGGAGGAGCCUACUGAACCUACUGAGUCAAUACAUACAACCGACGUUGAGAAAAUCUUGCCUAAAGAGAUUAUUGACACUGUGAAGGAAAUUCUUGUGGAGGAGCAAGUGCAUCCUAUUCCAACUCAUUCUGAAAAACAAAAAGAAGUGACCACUAACACAUCUACCAUCAGUGAAAAGAUACCCCCAAAACCGGAUGAUCUCGAGCAAAUUGUUCAACCACAACCUGCUUCGGACAAACAUCAAUCACUUGUUGAUUUUAUUAAGCUGGAAAAACAGCCUCAGUCAGCGGGCGGAAGUGGUAGUAAAAUCUUGCAGAAUGUUAAGGAUGCGGCCAAGUUAGGCGCACUAGCCAUAGUAGGAGCACCAGUCCUUGCUGGCAAAGCUUUGGUUGAUUCCCUGACCCAAGAGAAUACACUCAAACCAGAACAAUACCUAACUAAAGUAAGGAGCAAUACAGUGGAAGAACUGCCGACAGAGGAUAUCUCUACUAGCACCACCACAUUAAUCACUAAAACCAGCACCAUAACGACAUUAAUUGUUGAGGGCACUCCCGAAGAUGAGGACCGCGACAUAAUGGAAAUGCCCGCUCAAUCGGUAGAAACAAUUAUCAAACGAGAAGUGCCUAGGACCCUGCCAAUUGGUGAUGCCAUUUCCCAGAAACUAAUUAGCCCUGAUGAGUGCCAGGUAAUUGUGGAUGGAGAACAACAACCGCAUACUGUUUCUAUGUUGCUCAAAGAGGAGCAAUUAAGUCCAUUAGACGAAGUGCAAAUCAUUGACGAAAAGCUGAUUGUACUACAACAGGUCUCCUACUUGGUGGACGUGGACACUGAACUAACACCUGAGAAUCUGAGUCAGCUUAACAUUUACGAUUCUGAGAAUCAGUACUUUAUUGACCCAAGCACUGGUCAAAAGGUCUCCUUUCAUACGCUGGUAUUUGACAUGAACAUUUUCAACCCGGAAACCAUUUUAGUGAAGAAUUUUAGUAACGGCAAUUACGAGACUCUUACAACAGCUCUGGAGCGUCCACUGUUGGACAGGCACACAGGUCACAUGGUCGAUCCCAAAACUGGAAAGAAAAUUUCAUUCUUUGAGUGCAUUGCACGCCAGUGGAUUAUCCGGGCCAAUCCCGUGGAGCAACAUCCAUCGGGCAUUGAGAACGUGACAAUAGACACACAGACCGGACAGGUGGUGCUUGACGAUGGUCGGGUUUGUUCCAUUGUUGAGGCCAUUAACAGUGGCAAGCUGGACAUCCAGUCGAUUUCGGUGCGCGACCCGGUUAGCGGUGAGGUGAUUCCACUGCGUAUGGCAAUUGAGUUGGGAGUGGUCGAUAUGCAGGCGGGAACGGUAAUAGACAUCCAGACGCUCAAGGAGAUCCCAAUGGAGUUAGCCUUCCAGCUGGGCUUCCUAGUCGCCGGUGCACGAAAACCCAUCUCUCUGGAGGCCGCCGUACGCAAGGGUCUUUACGAUCCUGAGACGGGCAAACUCUUUGACUCCGAGAGUCAGAAUCAGGUCGAUGUGCAAAAGUCCAUUGAGAUUGGGUUAGUGGACCCCAAGAUUUCCUUAAUUGUAGAUAUGGUUACCAACAAGGAAGUCAAGCUGGAUUGCGCCAUCGAAGAUGAUUUGGUGUUGCCCGCCACGGGUCAAAUUAAGGACAACAAGAACAACACUCUGGUGCCCUUCGACGUGGGUGUACAGCAACGUCUGUUGAAGACUGACAGCGUAACUUGGAGCCUGCCGGAGUUGCUGCAGCGUGAAUAUUACACGCCCAGCACUGGCAAGGUGCUUAAUCCCGUCACCGGUGAGGAGAUCCUCCUUCAGCAAGCCAUCGAAAUGGGUUUUGUGGAACUUGACACGACCCUGGUCAAGGACGCCGAUCAUGACAAAAUUUUGCCGGGGAAAGAGGCGGCCAAGGUAGGUCUGCUGGACACCGUACGAGGCACGCUAAGCUCACCCAACAUCAGUCUCGACGAGGCCUUCGUCAAGGGCUAUCUGAUUAGCACCAAGAAGCCGUUGUCCCUGGUCGAUUGUCUGCUGCGUGGUCUCUACGAUCCUUUGACAGCCAAGUUCACCAUCGACGACAAGCAGUUGGACCUGAAGUCUGCCCUUUCCCAAAAGCUCCUAAACCCCGAAGAGCUGGUGUUGCUCGAUCCGAAGACAGAGUCAAUAAUUUCCAUUACCGAAGCGAUAACCAAGGGCUAUCUCGAUCCGACGGCCGGAUAUGUCAUUAAUCCGUAUACUUCCACUAAGUUGUCCCUCCACGAAGCUCUGGAGAAUCGCAUUUUCAUUCCGCCAAAGCGCAAGCGUAGUCUGCCGGAUGCUGUGUACCGCGGUCUUUACGAUCCAAAAACGGGUCAGUUCAGCAACACAAUGACCCGCGAGAAGCUCACAACUGAACGUGCCAUUCGUAGGGGCAUACUCGAUCCCGAUUCGACGGUCGUCAAUGUGGGUUCUAACAUCAUCAUUCCAUUUGGGGUGGCCACCGAGACGGGAAUCGUGGACAGUAGACAGGGUACGGUGAGGGAUACCGACGACAAUUCCAUUGACUUCAAGGAUGCUUUCGAUCGGGGUGUUUUAAUCGAAGUCAAGAAACCUCUGCGCCUUAUUGAAGCUGUUGUGAAGAAUGUUUACGACGAGGUGGAUGGACACUUUGUAGAUCCCAAGUCGGGUGAGAAACUAAACUUUACUGAGGCCUUGAACACAAACUUACUAGACGAACACAGUGUACAGAUAAGGGACUUUAAGACGGGUCUAUACAAGCAACUCAAUUUAACACACGCCAAAGAUACCGGAAUCAUUGAUGGCCAGAACUCCAAGCUGCUAUAUAACAAUCAGACAAUGACUCUCAAGCAUGCCUUUGAUAUUGGAAUAUUAAUGGAUGUCAAUGCGCCUAUCAGCAUUCAGCGAGCUAUACAUCAGGGACUUUUUGACGACAAGACCGGCAAGCUGAGCGAUCCCAGAACUGGUCGCCAGAUCACCCUUCUUGAGGGCAUGCGCAGUUUUGUUAUCAACCCUCACCUGCCGUGCUACUUUGAUGAGCAGACGGAGCAGAUGUAUACGUUAAGCGAGACCUGUCGCAAUGGAAUUAUCAACAGGAGAGAGGGUGUCUUCCGGGAGCCGGGCAGCAACAGUUUUGUUCCGCUGGGUGAGGCCUUAAGUCUAGGUCUAAUUGUGGAUAUUGAGAAUGCCAGCUUUGGUCUGUAUGAACUUUUAUCAAUGAACUUCUAUGACAUUCUCACACGCAAGGUUUUGCACCCGGUAACAAAUCGCAAGCUUAAUUUGAACGAAGCGUGCGUGGAGGAUGUGGUUAGCUUAUCUUCUAGUUUGGUUAAACACCACGACACUGGCAAGUAUAUGCGUUUGGCCAAUGCUAUUAAGGAGCAGGUCAUCAAUGACUCUCGGGGCUGUUAUAAUCUGGGGAGCGAACAGAUAGAUCUGCAGUCAGCUAGGGCCAGGGGCUUAAUUGUCUCCAAUCGUCGCCUUCUCAGCCUUGAACUUGUCUUGCGUCAGCAGCUUUAUCGACCCGAAACGGGUAAGUUUUGUGAUCCAACCACCGGAGAAUAUCUCGACCUGAUUGAAGCUAUUCACUCGGGCUUCAUAGAUCCCGCGACGACCGCAUUUAAGAACCAGCUUACCGGUAAAGAGCUGCCGCUAGCUGAAGCUAUUGAGAACGGGGAUAUAGAUGUGAGCAAGGGUAGGGUAUUCGAUCCGAAGUCUAAGUCAGCUUACAACUACGACGUGGCACUCUCGCGGGGUCUUCUGGUAACUAUUAUUCGGCCACUGAGCGAUCGCAACGAUGUAGUGCGUCGGCAGGAUAGCGUUGAAUUAUUGGGACAAACACCUGUCAGCGUUGUGAUCAGCAAGCCGCGAGAAAUGUCUCUCGAGGAGGCCAUUCGUUACAAUAUAAUUGAUUCCAAGAGCGCGGUCGUUCGUGAUUUCGAUAACUUUAAGUUCCUCCCUUACUCGGUAGCCGUGGAACGCGGUCUCGUGGACACCACCAAGCGUACACUCGUGGAUCCGAAAGCCCUAUACUUUGCCUUCGAUCCUACUUUAAUCGUUUACGUUCACGAACCGGUCACCUUUGAUCAGGCAGCCGAGUCCAAGUGUCUGGACUUGCAGACUGGAAUGCUGACCUUUGUGCCAGCGUGUGGACCUGAAUCCGCACCAGCUAGCGACGACAGCGCAACCGAUUCGCUGACUGUCACCGAAACGGCCAAGGUAUACACGCUUAAGGAGGCCGCCGGUGCGGGCGUUGUGGAUCCCGACUCUGCGCUAGUCAAAGAUCUGGCCAAAGCCAAGCUGGUACAUUUGCCGGAAGCAUUCCGUAAGGGAUUAAUGGAUGCCAAUAAGGCGAACGUACUGAAUACCCAGACCUCAAAGCUCUGCACCCUUCAAGAGGCCUACGAGAGCGGCCUUAUAUGCACUCCCAAGCGCUCAUUUGGCUUGCUAGAAGCCAUCACUUUCAACCUUUACAACCCGACCAAUGGCUGCUUAGUUGACCCCUUCCAAAUGCAUCCCGACAUCAUUCGGCGCCGAAAAUUUACGCUGGCCGAGGCCAUUGGCUCGGGUCUGGUGGAUCCGUCAUCGACGGUAGUGCGUGACCCUAGCAGUGGGGUUAUUAUCCCACUGACGGCUGCCAUCAGCAGCGGGCUUAUCGAUGCCAUAGAGGGCCGCCUGAUCGACGCCAACGAGCCCAAGAACAACAUCGACCUGGUGAAAGCGGCCGAUAAGGGUCUGCUCCUGCCGGCAGAACAGAGGCAAGCAGUAUUCGAGAAGUUCAAUAUGUGCGAAGAGAACGUCAAUGAUCUGCUAAAAUGGGUCACCACUGUAGAACAAAAAAUCUCGAGUGUCGGUGGACCUCGUGAAAAGAUCGAUGAGUUGCGCAACCAGAUUAAUGCCCUGAAGCAAAUCAAGGACGAGAUCGAGUCUCAGCAGCGCCCAGUGGCCACUUGCUUGGAGCAAAUCCGUCAGAUCGUUCUUACUGGUGGCGAUGUUUUGUCUGCCCCUGAAGUGACCACCCUAGAGAACUCUGGCCGAGAGCUGCGUUCCCGUGUGGAUCGUGUCAACGAUCGCACUGUCCGUCUGCUCCGACGGCUGGAAGCCGGUCGAGAUGAGCUGACCAAACUGCGCAGCGAGUUGGAUGUCUUUUCCGAUUGGCUACAAGUUGCCCGACGGGCUCUGGAGGACAAGGAGCGUUCUCUGACAGACCUGACUCGUCUGCCCUCGCAGGCGGAUGCGGUUCGGGAGUUUGUGAGCGACGUAAUCGGUCACCAGGCCGAUCUGCGCUUUAUCACAAUGGCCGCCCAGAAGUUUGUGGAUGAGGGCAAGGAAUUUCUGGCUAUUCUCAAUGACUUCCGCACUUCGCUGCCUGAACGCUUGCCUCAUGUAGAGCCGCUGUCCAGUGCCGAAAGCCCAAUCCGCCAGGAGGUGUCGCUGGUCUCUGCGCAGUACAAGGAUCUGCUAAACCGUGUCAACGCUCUGCAGGAUCGCGUGUCCGGUUUGGGUGGACGCCAGCGUGAGUACCAGGAUGCCCUGGACAAGGCCAACGAAUGGCUGAGAAUUGUUCAUCCGCGAGUGUCACGCAUUAUCUCCGAACCGAUUGCCGGCGAACCGAAGGGAGUUCAGGAUCAAAUGAACGAGGCCAAGGCGCUGCACAACGAGCUGCUCUCGAAUGGGCGUUUGGUGGACAAUGCCCAGCAGGCCCUCGACAAUCUACUCCGCAGCCUUGGUGGCCAACUGAGUCCAAUGGAGGUCAAUCAGUUGGAGCUGCCUAUUGCCGAUCUAAAGAACAACUAUCAGCAGCUGUUGGACAAUCUGGGUGAGCACUGCAAAACUCUGGACAAGACUUUGGUGCAAUCCCAGGGCGUGCAGGAUGCCUUGGACAGUCUUGUGGGCUGGGUCAACCAGGCUGAAGACAAGUACAAGUUGAACCUGCGUCCCGCCUCGCUGAUUAAGGAGCGUCUGCAGGAGCAGAUUCGCGAACACAAAGUCCUGCUGGCCGACCUUCAAUCCCACCAAGCCAGCAUUGAUAGCGUUCAAAUCUCGGCCAAGCAUUUGCUGGGCAGCGCCUCGAAUGCCCGCAUUGCCAAGAAGGUGGAAUCGAAUCUAAACGAUGUAACCGUCAAGUUUGAGAAACUCUACGAGAAGGCCAACAAGCGUGGCGAGUUCCUGGAUGACGUGUACAACCGGCUGAGCAAGUAUCUGGAUGAAAUCAGCAAUGUAGAACAGCGCAUGGCCAGUCUGCAGGGGGCUCUCGAUAGCCGUGAAACCAGUCUGCUGUCCACCGAGGAGUUGGCUCGCCGCAUGAACGAUCUGUCCCGCGACAAAGAUCAACUGGCACCGCAGUUUGAGGAUUGUGUUCGCAAUGGCAAGGAUCUGAUUAGUCUGCGCGAUGUUACCGAUACCGGAAUCCUUCGCGAUCGCGUCAAGGCUUUGGAAUCUCAAUGGAGAAACAUUAACAUAAGCAUCGAUGAACGCGCCAAGCUGUCCAAGCAGAAGGCCGAGCAGCAGCUGGCGUAUGAGAGCCUGAAGGAUCAGGUUCUCUCCUGGCUGGCCAGCACGGAAGCACGUGUAAAUGGCCUUCCACCGGUGGCCAUUGAUCUGGACAGGAUUAAACAACAGCAUGACGAACUUAAGCCCAUUUGCAAGGAUUACCGCGAUUAUGCCCCAACUAUUGACAAGAUUAACGAUAUAGGAUCACAGUACGAUGCGCUAAUUCGUCCGGAGAGUCCUGCCCGCAAACGCUCCACGUAUAGCCCGAUUAAAAGGGCCAGUCCGCUACGCCGCAUGUCGGGAGACGCGAGAAGCCCUAGUCCCAACAAGGGAGGCAUCCUGUCGCCACUAUCGACUGGUUCCAGUGGAUUCGGUAGCCGCAGAUCCUCCCAGGACGGUUUCCAGUUGUCUGAGCUGACUCCGGUGCAACAGCAACUGAGCGAGAUUAACAAUCGCUAUGGACUGAUUGGUGUGCGCCUGAACGAUCGCCAACAUGAGCUGGACAACCUGAAUGAUGAGUUGCGCAAGCAGUACGAGAACCUCAAGGGACUCGCCCAGUUCCUGGAGCGCAUCCAGCGCCAACUUCCCAAAGAAUCUGUUUCCAACAAGGAUGAAGCCGAGCGGUGCAUUAAGCAGGCUCGCAAGAUCCUGGAGGAUAUGUACGAGAAACAGAGUCUCCUGGACACCACCAAGGCCCAGGUAAAGGACAUCCUGCGACGCAAAUCGGAUGUACCCGGUGCCGAACAGUUGCGGCAGGAGAAUGAUAGCAUUCAGGAGAAGUGGAAGAAUCUCAACGACAUCUGCAAGAACCGCAUUGCUUUCUCCGAAAAACUGCGUGACUUCCUGGACACCCACGGUAAUUUGAAGAGCUGGCUGGACAGCAAGGAACGUAUGCUGACCGUCCUGGGGCCCAUUUCAUCUGAUCCCCGUAUGGUCCAAAGUCAGGUGCAGCAGGUCCAAGUGCUUCGAGAGGAGUUCCGCACUCAACAACCCCAACUUAAGCACUUCCAAGAGCUGGGUCACGAUGUGGUGGACCAUCUGGCUGGCACACCCGAUGCCCAGGCCGUCGAACUGAAACUGAAGGACAUUCUGACCAAGUGGGAGGAUCUGGUUGGAAAGCUGGACGACCGCGCAAACAGUUUGGGUGGUGCCGCUGACAGUUCCAAGGAAUUUGAUGCAGCUGUCAAUCGUCUGCGUGAGGCUCUACAGAACAUCAGUGACAAUCUGGACGCUUUGCCCACAGAUGGCGAUCACCAAGAAAAUUUACGCAAGAUCGAAAACUUAGAGCGCCAGCUUGAAGGUCAACGUCCGCUGCUGGCCGAUGUGGAGCAGUCCGCUGCCACCCUGUGCAACAUUCUGGGUGAUCCCGCCUCGCGUGCCGAUGUUAAUUCCCGGGUCGCUGCCUUGGAGAAGCAAUAUUUGACGCUGCAGAAGAAAUUAGACACCAAAAAGGCCGAAACAGAGGCUUCUUUACGCGAUGGUCGCCACUUUGCUGAGAACUGUUCCAAGACUCUUGGUUGGUUGGGAGGAGAGCUUUCCAACCUGACCGACAGGCUACUGGUGUCUGCCCACAAACCCACAUUGCAGCACCAGAUCGACACCCAUGAACCGAUUUACCGUGAGGUGAUGGCCCGCGAGCAUGAGGUAAUCAUGCUGAUCAACAAGGGCAAGGAUCUGUCCGACAAGCAGCAAGACCGUGGCGUGAAACGCGAUCUCGACCGCAUCCAGCAGCAGUGGGAAAAACUACGCCGUGAGGCCGUCGAUCGCCACACCCGUUUGCAGACGUGCAUGGAGCACUGCAAGAAGUACUCACAAACUUCGGAGACAUUCCUCGCCUGGUUGCGUACGGCGGAAGAUAAGUUGACCGAUCUUACACCCGGCGUGCUUUCUAAGGCGAAGCUGGAGACUCGUCUACGAGAUCUGCAGACCUUCCGCAGCGAGGUUUGGAAGCAUUCCGGUGAGUUUGAAAACACAAAGGGAUUGGGCGAGACAUUCCUCACAAGCUGCGACAUCGACAAGGAACCGAUUAAGGCAGAGCUUCAGGACAUUCGUGAUCGCUGGGAGAGACUGAACAAUGAUUUGAUUGCCCGUGCUCAUGAUAUUGAGAAUUGCUCUCGUCGUUUGGGAGACUUUAAUGAUGAGUUGCGAAACCUAGAUCACUCGUUGGGUCGCUGCGAAGAUCGUCUUGCUGCCCACGAUGCCCUAGGUGGAGCAGCUAAAGAUCCCAAGCUCCUGGAGCGCGUCAAGGCGAUUCGUGAGGAGCUCACUAAUUUGAGCAAGCCGCUACAGUCGCUUAAGGCUUUGGCCAAGGAUAUCAGUGCUGAGGCUAGGGCUGCUGGUGGAGAUGCUGAUCAUUUGACCAGUGAAGUCGACGGCCUGGCCGAUCGCAUAUCGGAACUUCAAGGACGCCUGGAUGAUCGCUGUGGCGAACUACAAUCUGCAGCUACUGCUGUGUCCCAGUUCAAUGAACAAAUGAAGAGUUUGAGCAUCGAUCUAAACGAUCUGGAGACGGAGAUUGAAAAACUUUCCCCGCCAGCUCGUGAAAUCAAGAUUGUCAACGCUCAAAUCGACGAUGUUGGCAAGAUUCAAAGCAAGUUAGAUCAUCUGCUGGGUCGUUUGGAGGAUGCCGAACGUGCCGCCAACGUUUUGGUGGAUGCCGGAUUCGCUGCGGACACGACACAGACCCGUGAGCAAAUUUCCACUUUGCGAAAGACUUUGGGUCGCUUGGAAAACCGAGUGCGGGAUCAUGAGGACAAUCUACAAGCCACGUUAAAGGCCCUGCGGGAAUUCUAUGACAUUCAAUCUCAAACUCUGGAUGACAUUAAGGACGUGAGCGAUGAGUUCAAGCGCAUGAAGCCAGUGGGUUCAGAGUUGGAUCAGAUUCGUCGCCAGCAAGAGGAUUUCCGGAACUUUAGGGAGCGCAAGGUGGAACCGCUAGCCAUCAAUGUCGACAAGGUCAAUGUCACUGGAAGAGAUCUGGUGCGCUCGGCUGGCAGUGGGGUUUCCACCACAACUGUGGAAAAGGAUCUGGAGAAGCUUAAUGACCGAUGGAACGACCUGAAGGAACGCAUGAACGAGCGCGAUCGUCGUUUGGAUGUGGCUUUGUUGCAAUCUGGAAAAUUCCAGGAAGCUUUGGCUGGUCUAUCCAAGUGGCUUAGUGAUACCGAAGAGAUGGUGGCCAACCAGAAGCCGCCCAGCUCUGAUUACAAAGUAGUAAAGGCCCAGUUGCAGGAGCAAAAGUUCCUGAAGAAAAUGCUUUUGGAUCGCCAGAACUCGAUGGGUUCGCUGGCCAAUCUCGGCAAGGAGGUUGGCAAUCAUUGUGAGCCCGCCGAGCGUGCCUCCAUUGAGAAGCAGCUAAACGAUCUGAUGAAGAGAUUUGAUGCCUUGACCGAUGGAGCAGAACAGCGUGAGCUGGAUCUGGAGGAAGCCAUGGAGGUCGCUAAGCGAUUCCACGAUAAGAUCAGUCCUCUGGAACUCUGGCUGGACAGCACGGAGCGUUCCGUUAAAGCUUUAGAGCUAAUACCCACCGAUGAGGAAAAGAUCCAGCAGCGCAUCCGCGAACACGAUCGCCUGCACAACGAGAUUUUGGGCAAGAAGCCUGACUUUACGGAUCUCGCAGAUGUGGCCGCACAGCUGAUGCACUUGGUCAGCGACGAGGAAGCCGUGAAUUUGGGUGAGAAGGUGCGCGGUGUGACUGAGAGGUAUACUGGAUUGGUAGAUGCCAGCGACAACAUUGGAGCUUUGCUCGCCGAAUCCCGUCAGGGAUUGCGUCACUUGGUCUUGAGCUAUCAGGAUCUGGUGGCUUGGAUGGAGAGCAUGGAGGCGGAGUUGAAGCGUUUCAAGUCCGUUCCUGUGUACGCUGAAAAGUUGCUGGAGCAGAUGGAUCAUCUUUUGGAGCUAAACGAGAAUAUUGCCGGUCACGCUUCAAAUGUGGAAUCCACUGUGGAAUCCGGAGCUGAGCUGAUGAGGCACAUUUCCAACGAUGAGGCCAUUCAACUGAAGGAUAAGUUGGACUCGCUGCAGCGUCGUUACGGGGACUUGACCAAUCGUGGUGGAGAUCUGCUGAAGAGUGCACAAAAUGCUCUACCGUUGGUGCAACAAUUCCAUGAAGCCCACAACCGUUUGGUGGAAUGGAUGCAAAGUGCUGAGGCUGCUCUAGCACCCAGUGAACCCCGUCAGGCGGAUGUGCUCCGGCUAGAGGGUGAAUUAGCCGAAAUGCGUCCCAUUCUGGACAGCAUCAAUCAAGUUGGACCCCAACUGUGUCAACUUUCUCCCGGCGAGGGCGCCGCUACUAUCGAGGGUAUUGUAACCCGUGACAACCGCCGUUUUGAUUCCAUUGUGGAGCAAAUUCAACGAAAGGCAGAGCGUCUGCAUCUAAGCAAUCAGCGUGCCAAGGAAGUGACCGGGGACAUCGAUGAGUUGCUCGAGUGGUUCCGCGAAAUGGACACCACCCUUCGCGAAGCCGAUCUGCCAGCCAUGGAGCCCAAAUUGGUGCGAGCCCAGUUGCAGGAGCAUCGUUCUAUCAACGACGACAUUUCCAGCCAGAAGGGACGUGUACGUGAUGUUACGGCGGCCUCCAAGAAGGUGCUACGUGAAUCUCCGCAAAGCGAGAAUACUGCAACUCUCCGUGAAAAGCUGGAUGAUCUCAAGGAGAUCGUCGACACGGUGGCUCAAUUGUGCAGCGAGCGUCUGGGCAUCCUGGAACAAGCCUUGCCCCUGUCCGAGCAUUUCGCCGACUCCCACCAGGGUCUCACCGCCUGGCUGGAUGACAUGGAGCAGCAGAUCUCGCGGCUGAGCAUGCCGGCUUUGCGGCCCGAUCAAAUCACCCUGCAGCAAGAUAAGAACGAGCGCCUUCUGCAAUCCAUUGCUGAGCAUAAGCCACUCUUGGACAAGUUGAACAAGACGGGCGAGGCUUUGGGUGCAUUGGUGGCCGAUGAUGAUAGUGCCAAGAUCAACGAGAUUUUGGACACGGACAAUGCCCGUUAUGCCGCACUACGUUUGGAACUGCGCGAACGCCAGCAGGCGCUGGAAAGUGCCCUGCAGGAAUCCAGUCAGUUCUCCGACAAACUGGAGGGCAUGCUACGUGCUUUAGCUAACACGGUGGAUCAGGUCAACCAACUAGAUCCUCUUUCCGCCCUUCCGCAAAAGAUUCGUGAGCAGAUCGAAGAUAAUGACGCUUUGAUGGACGAUCUGGACAAGCGGCAGGAUGCCUUCAGUGCUGUGCAGCGGGCGGCAAACGAUGUGAUCGCAAAGGCGGGCAACAAGUCCGAUCCCGCGGUGCGUGACAUCAAGGCCAAACUAGAGAAGCUAAACAACCUGUGGAACGAUGUGCAGAAUGCCACUAAGAAGCGUGGCAGCUCGCUGGACGAUAUCUUGAGCGUCGCCGAGCCUUUCUGGAAGCAACUAAACAGCGUGAUGAAGACCCUCAAGGAUCUGGAGGAGACUCUCUCCUGCCAGGAACCACCAGCCGCCCAACCACAGGACAUCAAGAAGCAACAGGUGGCGCUGCAGGAAAUCCGUCAUGAGAUCGACCAGACCAAACCCGAGGUGGAGCAAGUGCGUCGCCACGGCAGCAACUUGAUGAACAUGUGCGGUGAACCCGACAAGCCAGAAGUCAAGAAGCACAUCGAGGAUUUGGACAAUGCCUGGGACAACAUUACGGCGUUAUAUGCCAAACGCGAGGAGAACCUUAUCGACGCCAUGGAGAAGGCCAUGGAGUUCCACGAAACGCUGCAAAAUCUCCUUAAGUUCCUGACCAAGGCCGAGGACAAGUUUGCUCAUUUGGGAGCCGUGGGUUCGGACAUUGAUGCCGUUAAGCGACAGAUUGAACAGCUCAAGUCGUUCAAGGAUGAAGUCGAUCCGCAUAUGGUUGAAGUAGAAGCAUUAAACAGAGGUCUUAAAAGACAAGCUGUGGAACUGACGGAACGCACUUCACCAGAGCAGGCGGCAUCGAUCCGCGAACCUCUUUCGGUGGUCAAUCGCCGUUGGGAGGGCCUACUCCGUGGCAUGGUUGAGCGCCAGAAGCAACUUGAGCACGCCCUUCUGCACUUGGGUCAAUUCCAGCAUGCGCUUAAUGAGCUACUUGUCUGGAUCAACAAGACCGAUAGUACCCUGGACCAGCUGAAACCGAUCCCUGGAGACCCGCAACUGCUCGAGGUUGAACUGGCCAAGCUAAAGGUGCUUGCCAACGACAUUCAGGCCCACCAGAACUCAGUGGACACAUUGAACGAUGCGGGCAGACAGUUGAUCGAAACCGAGAAGGGAUCUGUGGAGGCCUCCACUACCCAGGAGAAACUACGCAAACUUAACAACGAGUGGAAGCAGCUGCUGCAAAAGGCUAGCGACCGACAGCAUGAACUGGAGGAGGCUCUGCGCGAGGCUCACGGCUACAUCGCCGAGGUGCAGGAUAUCCUGGGCUGGCUUGGCGAUGUCGACGCUGUAAUUGGAGCCAGCAAGCCGGUGGGUGGACUUCCUGAAACUGCCACCGAGCAGCUUGAACGCUUCAUGGAGGUGUACAACGAGUUGGACGAGAACAGGCCCAAGGUAGAGACAAUUCAAGCCCAGGGUCAGGAGUACAUUAAGCGCCAGAACCAUAUGAAAGUCUCGUCCAGCAACCUGCAGCAUACACUUCGAACGCUAAAGCAACGCUGGGAUGCUGUGAUAUCCCGUGCAUCUGACAAGAAGAUCAAACUAGAAAUUGCUCUUAAGGAAGCAACUGAGUUCCAUGACACUCUUCAAGCGUUCGUAGAAUGGCUGACACAGGCCGAGAAGCUGCUGUCUAACGCCGAGCCAGUCUCUCGCGUUCUGGAAACAAUUCAGGUUCAAAUGGAGGAGCACAAGGUACUGCAGAAGGAUGUGAGCACCCAUCGCGAAGCCAUGCUGCUGUUGGACAAGAAGGGAACGCACCUCAAGUACUUCAGCCAGAAGCAGGACGUCAUCUUGAUCAAGAACCUUCUUGUGUCCGUGCAGCAUCGUUGGGAGCGGGUGGUAAGCAAGGCCGCGGAACGCACUCGUGCUCUGGAUCAUGGCUACAAAGAGGCCCGCGAAUUCAACGACGCCUGGAGCGGAAUGAUGCAGUAUCUUCAGGAAACCGAACAGGUGCUGGAUCAGAUCAUCGAGGAGGCUACGGCUUCCAAGGAGCCGCAGAAGAUCAAGAAGUACAUUGGCAAGCUGAAGGAGACUCAUCGCCAGCUGGGCGCCAAGCAGUCUGUCUAUGACAGCACGAUGCGCACCGGAAAGAAUCUAUUGGAGCGGGCUCCCAAGGGAGAUCGCCCAGUGCUAGAUAAGAUGCUGCUGGAGCUUAAGGAACAAUGGACCCGUGUUUGGUCCAAGAGCAUAGAUCGCCAGCGUAAGCUGGAGGAGGCUUUGCUCCUUUCCGGACAGUUCAGCGAUGCUCUGGGUGAGCUGCUCGAAUGGCUAAAGAAGGCCAAGAGUCGCCUGAACGAGAACGGCCCUGUCCACGGAGACUUGGAAACGGUUCAAGGGCUCUGCGAACACCACAAGCACAUUGAGCAGGACCUGCAAAAGCGGGCCGCUCAAAUGCAAGGCGUUCUAAAGACGGGACGCGACCUAGAACGAUCUGGCAACAAUCCCGAAGUUGGACGGCAGCUCGACGAGAUGCAGUCCAUUUGGGAAGAGGUAAAGAGUGCCGUUGCAAAGCGCGGUGAACGUCUCCAGGUGGCCCUUGUUGAUGCUGAAAAGCUUAAUGCCCGUGUCCAAACACUCUUCGAUUGGCUGGAUCAUGCGGAGCACAAGCUACGAUAUGCCAAGAAUGCGCCUGAUGACGAGAAGGUGUCGCGUGACAUGAUGGACAUUCACAUGGAGUUCAUGAAAGAUCUGCGACUACGGGAACGCGAGAAGACUGAGACUUUCGAGUACGCGGAGGACAUUAUCAACAAGGCCUAUCCUGAUGCCAUCCCGAUCAUCAAGAACUGGCUGUCGAUCAUUCAACAGCGUUGGGAGGAGGUCCGCCAGUGGGCUCUCAACCGUGAGUCGAAGCUGGAGCAGCAUUUACAGUCGCUCAAGGACUUGGACGACACCAUUGAGGAGUUGCUGGCCUGGCUCAGCGGACUUGAGGGCACACUGUUGAACCUGAAGCACGAACAACUGCCUGACGAGAUUCCACCGGUAGAAAAGCUGAUUGAGGACCACAAGGAAUUCAUGGAAAAUACGGCCCGCCGCCAGAACGAGGUGGACCGCGCCUGCAAGCCAAGACAGCUGCCUCCGGGAGCCCGAAAGCCAUCCCGUAGCGGAAAGACGCCGGUUCGUGGCUCCAGUCACGAUCUGCGUGAACAAUCGCCCGAUGGCACACUGAGGCGUCAAAGCUUCAAGGGAUCUCGUGACCAGGGACUCAACGCUCGCAAGGGAAGUCGUAUCACGCCCACACGUGACACGCCCGACAGGGAUCGCCUGCCGCAUUACGGCCCACGAUUUUCGCCAAGCAGCUCGGGACCGGAACUGGAAUUCCGUUCGCCCCGCGCCAAGCUUCUAUGGACCAAGUGGCGCGAUGUUUGGAUGCUCUCAUGGGAGCGCCAGCGACUGCUCAACGAUCAUCUUUUGUAUUUGAAGGAUGUGGAGCGUGCCCGCAACUUCAGCUGGGACGAUUGGCGCAAGCGCUUCCUCAAGUACAUGAACCACAAGAAGUCGCGCUUGACGGAUCUGUUCCGCAAAAUGGACAAGGACAACAACGGCAUGAUUCCACGCGAUGUUUUUAUCGAUGGCAUAAUAAACACGAAAUUCGACACCUCAGGCUUGGAAAUGAAGGCUGUGGCCGAUCUUUUUGAUCGCAACGGUGAAGGUCUCAUCGACUGGCAGGAGUUCAUUGCUGCACUGCGUCCCGAUUGGCAAGAACGUAAGCCGGCUAAUGAUUCGGACAAAAUACACGACGAGGUCAAACGUCUGGUCAUGCUGUGUACCUGCCGGCAGAAAUUCCGAGUGUUCCAAGUUGGCGAGGGAAAAUACAGAUUUGGAGACUCCCAGAAGCUGCGUUUGGUUCGCAUUCUUCGCAGCACUGUAAUGGUACGCGUAGGCGGAGGCUGGGUAGCCCUAGACGAAUUUUUGCAGAAGAACGAUCCUUGUCGCGCCAAGGGACGCACUAACAUAGAGCUACGUGAGCAAUUCAUAUUGGCCGAUGGCGUCUCGCAGAGCAUGGCCGCAUUCACACCCAGACGUUCCACGCCCAAUGCGGCCGCCACUGCCUCCUCCUCACCCAAUGCCCAAAAUGGCGGCAGCUCCAACUUGCCGCCAUAUAUGAGUGGACAGGGUCCAAUCAUCAAGGUACGAGAGCGUUCCGUUCGCUCCAUACCCAUGUCGCGACCAUCGCGCUCCUCUCUCUCGGCCAGCACUCCCGACUCCUUGAGCGAUAACGAGGGUAGCCACGGUGGUCCUUCGGGCCGAUACACGCCCCGCAAGGUCACGUACACGAGCACGCGCACGGGUCUCACGCCAGGAGGUUCUCGUGCCGGCUCCAAGCCCAACUCGCGCCCGCUUAGCAGACAAGGAUCGAAGCCACCGUCGAGACAUGGCUCCACGCUGUCACUAGAUAGCACGGACGAUCAUACGCCCUCACGCAUUCCGCAACGAAAACCCUCGACAGCCAGUACCGCCAGCGGCACCACACCGCGUCCGGCGCGACUUUCGGUAACCACUCCCACAACUCAGGGUAGCCGGCUCAACGGCACCAGCACCAUCACGCGCAAGACCGCCUCCGGAUCAGCCAGUCCGGCCCCCACAAGCAACGGAGGCAUGAGUAGAUCAUCCAGUAUACCAGCACUAACAGGCUUCGGCUUCAAACCAAUUAGCCGGCCAUCGCGGAUACCGAUUAAGAUACCCUCAUUCGAUUCCAAGUCAACAUCGCCCAGCUCGAUUACGAAUCCAACCAGCUUUGGACGGAACAUCAGCGGUAGCUCAACGCCCUCCGGCAUGCAGACGCCGCGAAAAAGUUCGGCGGAGCCCACUUUUAGCUCGACAAUGAGACGAACUUCGCGCGGUACGACACCAACGGAGAAGCGGGAACCGUUCCGUCUAUAAGAACUCAACCUUAUUAAUAAGGAUGACAAUAGACAAGCAAAGGAAUGCCAAUAUUUACCACAUACACACAACUUUACUUACUAACUACGCACUGAAGUUCUAAACUAAACCCAAACACUCCCCAAAAUUUAAAGAGACUACAUGAGCUAUGAUGUAGUAGCGACAGCACACAGUUCUAAAGAGACUUACUAUGAAGUGCCCUAGCGGAGUAAAAAAGUGGAAUAAUUUAUAGAUGUUUAUGCUAUAAAUAUUUUGUAAAAGACACACAGUUAAGAUGAGAAGGAAUGCAGACAUAAAGCUAGCACACAAAGUUGAUCAGACAAGCAACCUUCUAACGAGUACUACUAACACGAAUACUACCUUUUGCUACUACUAAAAUAUAACGCCCACUACCUUUAUUUUCUAGUUAUACCGUUUCUAAAAUUAUGAUUUGUAUAUACUUAUAAAGCAAGAGUAAAUUAAUGAAAAAUACACUCCAAGUGCUCCAAGACAAAAAAAUACAAAGAAUAAAAAAAUAUAUAUCGAAAAGAUAUCUAGAAAAAGAGAAACCUUUCCAAUGAAACGCCGGUCCCUGCUGAAAACCGUCUUUGAUCUACGGGCUCCACUAGAAUCGCCAGUCUGGUGGAUACCUAGCUCCAAGAAUGGGAUGUGGUAGGGACGGAACGGUCAAAAAAAUAACUAAACCCGUUAAAGAGAUAAAAUUUGAUUUUGUUUUGUUAUUAAACUAAUAGGAAAGUGAAAAUUGUAAGUCGCAUAAAGAAAAUAUUUAAUUAUGUACUAAAAGUCAUUACUAUAAGUUUAAUUAAUAUUUAACUGUUAAGCGACAAAAACACACAGAUUUUGUAUUGCAUAAUUUUGUUUUUUAUAUGCAAUAUCAGCGAAUAAAACGCGAUGCAGAAGGGCGAAAUGAAAAAGAGCCCGCUUAUAUAAAUAUUGUAAAAUACUAAUACUAAAUUAUUUUGUUGUACGAAACGAAAGAAAUACAUUAAAACACGAUUUUUGUAAUUCUAUUAAAUUAAAACAAUUUAA